UCACCACUUCACCAAUACAUUGAAUUCUUUCUUUAUUUUCGAAAAACUUCAUAAACUCUAUUCGGAAUAUAUUAGAAUAACGAGGUGAUAUAUUUAUCAUUCAUUCCUUGCCUCUCUGUCUAGGUAGAGGCUUCUUCUCAUCUUCCCUGGCGACCUCAAUUCGCCCGUUUUCCCGUUGGACAAGGCUUGGAUACCAAAAAAGCCAACAAAGGUACGACUACAAUACUCGCCAACAGUACCAAGUUUCCUUCUCAAAUAACAUUGUUCUCCCCAAUCUUCUUAACCUCUCCCAAAAGCUCUUUAUAUCCUACAAACAGCUUCUUUGUUGGUUUUAGUACCGAGUCGUUCUUAUGGCGGGGUAUAAUCUGCCCCGCAAAGCGCGGUAUAUGGCAGUAGCUAUUGUUCCCUUACUUGCUGUUGUGCUUUACCAAGCGGUGGAUUCAACCUGGUAUGAUUUGUUGCAUUAUUUUCCAAUUCGAUCCAUACAUCCGUUCAUUCGUUCCUGUCCGGGCAAUAGUAGAGUCUACUUGCUGUUGUUCAUCAAGCUGUGGACUCAACCUGGUAUGCUUUGGCGUACUAUGUCCAUUUCAUCCAUAUAUCCUUUUUGUGUACUCUCGACAAAUUUCACAAGUUCAGUACUGUCCGAGCGACGCUUCAUUUUUACACUGCUGAUCACAGUUUGGCCUAUUACUUGCCUUGAUGAAACUUUUCAAUAGCGGAAUUCCAAACAAUUUUCUUUCAUAAUCUAUGAAAUUCAAAUGAUUGGUCUUGACACAUUGACUUUUGACGUGGCUCUUCAUUUUCUCAAUCUCAAUCUAACAAUAUCCCAGGUAUUCUUCUGGAAGAGAGCUACUUAACUUUUGGAAAUCCAACUCCUUCAUCAAGAUGCCAAGUCAAACGAAGAAAACUCAUUUUCGAACGGUGCAGAAUUUCAAAACUGAUUAUGCCCCUACCAACAUCACUCAAUAUGUCUCGGAACGUACUGGGAUGAAUGUUGUUGUGGUUGAUCAGAAAGGACCUCAAGUUAAUGGAUAUUUUGCAUUGGCCACGGAAAUUUUCGAUGACUCUGGAUCACCACAUACUUUAGAGCAUCUUUGUUUUAUGGGAUCAAAAAGUUACCGCUAUAAAGGCCUACUUGAUAAACUUGCCACGAGAGCUUAUUCUAAUACCAACGCAUGGACCGCUACGGACCAUACUGCCUAUACAUUAGAAACGGCAGGAUGGGAAGGGUUUUCUCAAAUUCUUCCUGUUUAUCUUGAGCACUUGAUUUUACCAACACUUACCGAAGAAGGCUGCUACACUGAAGUACAUCAUAUUGAUGGUGAAGGUAACGAUGCAGGUGUGGUGUACUCAGAAAUGCAAGGAAUUCAGAACACAGGUUCCGAUAUUAUGGAUCUACGUGCUAGACAAAUUCUUUAUCCCGAAAACAUUGGAUUUCGUUAUGAAACAGGUGGACUGAUGGAAAAUCUGCGUAUCUUGACCCCGGAGCGAAUUCGUGCAUUCCAUAAAGAGAUGUAUCAGCCAAAGAACCUUUGUCUUAUUUUGAUUGGCGAAGUCGAUCAGGAUGAAUUGCUUGAUAUAUUAGACAAAUUUGAGGAAGGUAUCUUAGAUGAUAUUCCAUCUCCAACUGCUCCAUUCAAGAGGUGCGUGUAUCUAAUUUUGAAGUUAACGAAUAACAUUCUGACAUAUACAGACCAUGGGUGGAUUCGGCUCAACCACCAUCACUCGCAAAAACUAUAAUAGAGACUGUACAUUUUCCUGAGGAAGACGAGUCAAUGGGAGAAAUUUGGGUUGGUAUGUUUGGUCCUGAUUGUAAAGAUGCUGUCGAGACAGCUGCUCUAAAUGUACUGCUCGCAUAUCUCGCUGGAUCUUCUGUUUCCGUCCUUGAAAAUGUCAUGGUCGAGAAAGAAGAGCUUGCGAGCUCCAUUUCAUACUGGUGGGACGCUAGGCCGAAUUCCGUGAUUUGGUUUCAACCAACUGGAGUACAAACCGAAAAACUUGCAUUCGUUGAGAAACGACUUUUUGAACUUCUCAAAGAGACUGUGGACAGCCCUCUGGAUAUGGCAUACAUGAAAAAUUGUCUAGAAAGGGAACGCAGACAAUGUAACUUCGAGGCCGAGAGUUCUCAACGUUUCUAUGCCGAAGCUAUUAUCAACGACUUCCUUUUCGGCAAUAGGGAUGGCUCUACAUUGAAGGAUUUGAAAUCACAUGCCGAAUUUGACACAAUCGGGAAAUGGAGUGAGCAACAAUGGAAGGACUUCUUGAGGAAAUGGAUAGUGGAUGCACCCCACGUUUCUUUACUCGGGACUCCCUCCAAAGCGAUGUCAAAGAAGAUAAAGAAAGACGAGAAAACUCGAAUUGCAGAGCGAAAAGAAAAAUUAGGACCUGAAGGGCUCGAGAAAUUGGCGGCAAAACUCAAAGCAGCAGUUGCCAAGAAUGAUGCCGAGAUACCUGCUUCGCUCCUACAGAAGUUUUCCGUUCCUGGAACUGAUUCGAUUCAUUUUCAUAAAUCGACUACAGCAAGAUCUGGCUUGGCUAAGAAAUUGGGUGCACCUGAGAAUGAUAUUCAAAAGGUCAUUGAUUCGCAAGCGUCUGAAGUCCCGUUGUUCUUACAAUUUGAGCAUGUUCCAACAAAUUUCGUUCAUCUGUCAUUACAUUUUGGCACUACGGAAAUUCCUCUAGAGCAUAGACCACUCCUCAGUCUAUUCAUAGAUAAUUUCUUCGAUACACCUAUUCUUCGUGAUGGAAAGAGAGUGGAAUUUGAACAAGUUGUUACAGAAUUAGAACAUGACACUAUCAAAUAUGAAAUGAGAGGAGGGUCUAGUCUUGGUGAUGCAGAAGGUCUUAUGAUUCAAUUCCGAGUCGAGCGGGAAAAGUAUGAAACAGCCAUCGAAUGGAUUCGCACCAUGAUGUUCGAUAGCAUUUUUGAUGCCACACGUCUCAGCACCGCCGUCACCAAAAUCCUCGCUGAUAUUCCCGACAAUAAACGUGAUGGUAAUAACAUGCUUUACACCGCCGAUGGCAUGCUUCACAUGUCCAAUGAAUCGAGCAUGAAAGCACGAACUACUCUUGUAAAAUCGGUCUACAUGAAGCGUCUCAAGAAGCUUCUCAAGAAAGAACCCGAAACCGUCAUUGCCUGGCUUGAAUCCCUCCGUAAAUCUAUCUUCAAAUUCAACAACAUCCGAGCCCUAGUCGUUGCAGAUAUCAAUAAACUUCCAUCUUCAGUCCAAGCCUGGAAUCCUCUCAUCUCCUCUCUCGACAAACCUAGCCCAGAAACAGAUCUCCUUCCCAUUCGCAAACAACACGCGCUUCUCUCUCACGAUGGACAGAAUCCCGGCCAAGCAGGCGCCAUUAUCAUCCCAAUGCCUACGUGCGAUUCUUCCUUUCUCCUAACAAAUUCUCGUGGCCCAAAAUCCUACACCGAUCCCCAACUCCCUGCACUUCGCGUCGCUCUGUCUUUUCUUCGCGCCGUGGAAGGUCCAUUAUGGACUGCUAUCCGUGGAACUGGUUUGGGAUAUGGAUCAUCAUUCCACAAUGAUCUCGAUACGGGUUUCGUUCAAUUUAGCAUCUAUCGAUCACCAGAUGUAUUCCGAGCUUUUGCAGCCGGGAAGAAAAUCCUUGAGGAAUACAUUUCAGGCGAAAAGAAAAUGGAAGAUGCAGCACUAGAAGCGGCUAUCAGUGAUAUAGUAGUUGAAGUUGUCAAUACACAAAUUACAAUGGAUCAAGCUGGACAAGAUAAAUUCGUAAAGGGCGUUAUGAAGGGAUUACCUGAGAAUCAUAAUGAAGAGUUAUUGAGGAAGGUUAGGGAUGUUGGUAGAGAGGAGAUUAGAGCUGUUAUGAAUGAUGUUUUAUUGAAAGCUUUUGAGCCUGGUUUAAGUAAUGUUCUUGUUACUUGUGCGCCGAUUAUGGAGGAGGUAUGUUUCCUUCUUUUAUUUUCUAUUUUCCGCUCCUUUUAUGUAUUCACAUCUAUCCCCUUUCCUCUACCUUAUUCGCUGCCCUUGUCCACAUACUCCCUACUAUUCUAUAAACCUCAUACUAACCAAAAUCAACAAAACUAGGCAAUAGUAAAAAACUUUCAAUCUCUCAACUUCAAAACUCAAGUCCGUACCCUGUCAAGUUUCGAAGAUAACUACGGGUUAGCGGCUCCAGAAGAUGACAAUGACAAUGAGGAUGAGGAUGAUGAAGAUGGAGACGAAGAAAUGGAUGAUGAAGACGGAAAUGAAGAAGAUGAGAGCGAAGACGAAGACGGAGAAGAAGAAGAAGAAAGUGACGUAGAUAUGAAGAAUUAAGUAGCUAGCUGCAAAUUUAACAUUCAACAAAUAAAUCAAUCAACCAGGUUAAAAGUUCAGUUAGAUGAAAAAAAAAAAAAAGUUGAAAUGAAAAAUAAUCACCUUACCAACGAUCUCGUAUCCCUAUAGCUAGAUG